GACACAGAAAACGUGAUAAUGAGAACAAACCCUUAAAUAUCAAAUCAGCUGACACAUGUAAACAAAAGGAAGGGAAUGCAGGGGUUUGGCUAUGUAGAAAUGGAAUGAUACAGCUUAGUUGUAUGCUGUAUAAAAGUCGACAGCUUCACUAAUCUAUGUCAUCGGACUGUCCCACACGACGUACAUGUUACUGUCUCUAUGGUUGACAUAUAGUUAUCAGUAUUAGAAUGUGCUUGAGUGAAUUAAAACAUAAGUUAUGCAUAGCUUCCCGACUAACGUGUACGCGUAAUUUCUGCAACACCGUGUCAGUUGGGGGGUUGUCUCCCCUGAAAUGUUGGGUUCAAUCGUCUAUAACGAGAAUCGGCUAUAACGAGAGAAAUUUUAAUAGUUCACUCGACCUCGUUAUAAUUAUGUGGAGUUUGCUGUACUCGUAUUAUCGAUAAUACAUGUGGCAUGUGCACUAUUAAUUCAUGAUGUUUGUUCAAAACAAAAACAUAGUAAUGAGGUUAAAGACGAUUUCCUCCGGUGUGUUGUUUCAGCCCAAGGUAAAUGGACAUUAAAUGCAUAAUCAGGGAUUUGCCUGAUAAAAUGUUCAUAGUCCAUAGUUGAUACAUAUUAUCAGUAAACAUGCACGCGACUAGUGUUCGGCGUAUCAGUUAUCUACCGAGGGCUAAAGAUGACUGACGUCACAUCAGUACCGCCUUACGUUGACGGAUUCGUCAAAGAUGGUUUUGAGAAAGUCAGAGACGUGUUCAGAGCCAAUUUAGAGAAUGGUUCUGAUGAAGGAAGUUCGGUAGCUGUUUACUAUGAAGGAGAGUUGGUGGUAAACUUGUGGGGAGGCUGGGUUGACAAGGAAUCAGGAUGGAAAUGGAGAGAGGAUACCAUGCCGUGUUUCUACUCUUCUACAAAGAGUCCUUCAGCCAUCGUUAUAGCACACCUUGUAGACAGAGGACUUCUAGACUACAAAGAAAAGAUAGCCACAUAUUGGCCAGAGUUUGGUCAGAACGGCAAGGAGGAUAUAACUCUGGAAACUUACAUCACCAACAAGGCUGGUCUAAGCGGGAAUGAAGAGCCUUUUCCUAUAAGACUGAUGCUUGAUGACCCCAAGAAGUUUGGAGAAAUCUUAGCCAAACAGAAACCCUUGUGGGAACCAGGAACAAAGCAUGGCUACCACCCGUUUACAUUCGCCCUAUAUUUGGACCAAAUUGUGAAGAGGGUGGAUCCGGAGGGACGUAGUCUCUCCCAAUACUUCCAUGAGGAGAUGGCCAAACCGUUCGAUGUUGAAUUUUACAUUGGACUCCCCAAGGAACUAUAUUACAGGGCUCCUCGUGUCACCAUGAUGAAGUUUGACAUGCAAGAAGUCAUGAAGCAAAUGACAGGGGAUCCGGAAUUGUUUAAGAUUGUCAAUUCGACCGUCACAGAUGUACAGAUGAUUAACAAUCCAUAUAUAAGAGAAGUGCCCGUUGGGUCAGUCUUCGGACACGGGACAGCUGCCUCCCUCGCUAAAUUCCAUGGUAUCCUAGCUAAUGGGGGAGUUCAUAACGGCAAGAGGCUGUUGUCAGAGGAGGCUAUUCAAAGACAACUGGUGCCCAAGUCCUAUGGCAAAGAAACAGUAUAUGGACUAGAUUUGAUGUUUAGUCUUGGAACCAUGGUUAUAGCGGCUGCUGACGAUGGUCAACCACCUGUGUAUUCCUUUGGACAUGGCGGACUGGGAGGACAAUCCGCGAUGGCAGAUCCUACUCACAAGAUCGGCUUUGCAUACGCAACUAAUCAUUUGAAUCUGGACCCCACUAAGGAUUCGCGCUGGAAAGAUCUCUAUAAUGCGCUGUAUGAAUGUAUCUAUAAGAUAAAGAACAUAUCUACCAAACGGUCGGUAUUCGUCAAUUACAGCGAAUUGAAGGCAGCAGGCUAUGACUUGUAAAAUCAUAGAGAUCCACCUCCUCUCGAAAAUGAUUCAGUCACAUAAUAACUGGAAAAUAGUAACUAAAUCGUGAAAAACAAUCUUCUCGGAGAUUUGAAAAAUAUUGCUGCACAUAUCGGAAUAUUAUAAUAUUUAGUAAUAUUUCUGUUUCGAAAAUCGGAUGAUGUCCUUGUUUUUAUUUGUGAUUAUGUAUCCAGCUCAGUUUCAAUAAAACGUGUAUGUUUGUCGCAUUAAAAGUGAUAUUUCUGUACAA